AUUUGAGGCGCGCGAUGAUCGGAUCGGAUUGCGAUGUAGUUUAUAAUGCUAGCUUCUUAUGAAGACAAAUAACUGAAGUGCUUACAACUACUAGUAGUAUCAUAUAGCCUCAGUCCGGACGCAUGUGCAGAUUUUAAGUGAGUUUGUGCAGGAAAAAGUUCGCUACGGUCGAUAUUUUUAGCACACCCCUUUGCUUUUUGCUAAUCGUCUCCGCACGUUUUGUUGUCACCUCGCUAGCUAACUAGCUAGCGAUUACAAUGGUAGAUAAUCAAAUCUAAUCUUCCAGGUUGGUUAGUUGCCUGGAGAAUUGCAAAAGUGGAGUCUACACAGACAAGGUAGAGCGAGAUAGGUUGUACGCUGCAGUUUGAAAAUUAAACGGGUAGAAAAUAUUGUGGCAAAGGAAGUUAGCUCCAUCUAUCUACUAACAGUUAUGGCGGAAUUCCUUGAAGACCCGUCAGUGCUUACUAAAGAGAAACUCAAAGGUGAGUUGCUGGCUAAUGAUGUCCCUCUACCGAGCGGAGAACAGAGGAAGGACGUUUACGUUCAAUUAUAUUUGAAGAACCUCACUGUCUUGAACAAGAAAACUCCUCCUCAAGACACAUUUUCGAGUGAUGAUGAACUACCAACUCCUGUUGUCGCCAAUCGGACACGGUCCUCCGGAAGGAAAGCUGCAAAGAAGACGGACAAACCCCAAUCAGAUGAGGUUGACAUCUCUGGCCUCUCUGAUGAAGCUCUGAAAGACCAGUUGCUGACGCAGGGCAUUGAUGCAGGACCCAUCGUAGCUUCAACCCGUCGGUUGUAUGAGAGAAAGCUGGAGAAGGCACUCGACGGCUCUGCCGUUGUGGCGCCAGCUGCUCCUGAGCCUACCACCCUGAAAGCAGACAGCGGUCAGAAUGGCAACACAAACUCUGUGCAAGAGGACCACUACAGUGAUAAGGAGGAAGAGGAGGCAGCACCUGAAUCAGUACCUCAACUUGUUCUGGAGCCUGAGCCUGAACCAGCCCCUGUAGCCAGCAAACCAGCCAGAAGCAGAGGAAAGACCCCCGUCACAGUCAGAACCAGCAGCAGACGACAAAAUAAGGUGGUGGAGGAGAAGGCCGCAGCUGUAGAGGCGUCGGCAGUGGUGGCUGAGGAGGAUAAUCUUCUGAAGGAGAUGUUUCCUGAACAGGUUGCUACCCCAACAGGAAUCAGCGCCACCUGUCGGCGACCGAUCUAUGGUGCAGCAGGGCGGCCGGUGAAGCCCCUGAACCUCUGGAGCGAGGACAGCGUGGUGCAGCAGCGUACCUACACCGAGUGCUCCUCCGUGCUGCACGCUAGCAGGCCCACGCUAGCGGCCUCCCCCGCCCAGGGCUCCUCGCGGCUGGGCCGCUGCCUCUCCCUGCUCCUGCGGCUGCUGGUGCUCCUCACCGUGGUGGCCGCUGUCUUCUACACCUACCAGCACGUGGACAGCGAGCACAUCAGCUACGUCCAAGAGCUGCUGGAGAGCACGGGCAUCCCAGCGCUCCUCGCCGGUGGGGGUGGUGAUGAUGACGCAGCAGCAGCAGCUGUGCCGGUGGCAGGACAGCACAGCGCCUGAGCAAGAGACACUGACCCCCUGUAGCCCAUCCCAACCACCCCACCCCACCCCACCCACUGCCCAUGUAGCGCCACCCUGACCUACGCCUCAUCAUGAUUAUCUGAAUAACAAUUAUGGCUCGUCUCUCCAGCAGUCUGUUGUCACUAGCUCAUGCGGAUGGUCAUAGCAAUCUCAGUGAAGUUGAAGAGAAGGUAGUUUAUUUUUAAGAAUCGUGUGUGCCGGAUUUCAUUACCUAUUGAAUGAGUUGGGGACUUUGUUUCCUUUUGUCUUUUUAAAGCCAGGUAAUCAUGCAUGGUUGUGUUUUGUCUUGUCUUCAGCGCUUCAGUUUUUUUUUUCUUCUUUUUUUUUUGAGAACAUGAGUCCUUCAGAGGUUAUCUGUCGUGCAAGGAUUUUUAAGUAAGGGCUUCAACAUUCAUACUUGUGUUUUUGGUUUCAAGUAUAAUGCUUUCAAGGUGGUAUUUUGAGUGACAAUUGAUACAUUUGACCCAACACGGCAAGGUUUUCUUAAUUUAAUAUUUUUGUAUCAUGAUUUUCUAUUAGUAUUAUUAUUGUUUUUAAUAAAUUCAAUUGGCAGCUAUCCUCUUAUUAAUACUGCGAUUUUUACGUUCUACAUUAGAUUUACCCCAUAAAUGUUAUUGUUUUCGGGGGGGGAAAUGACAUUUAGGCAAUAAAGAUUUUUUCUAAAGAAGAAAAAAGGCAGAGUAUAACUUUUCAUUUCCUCUUUGAGGAUUAAAUAAAAAUGUGUGAAGUUCAAUGCCUUUCACUGUCACCCAGUGCAAUUGUAACAUUCUGCUUUACCCACUGUUAUUCAGUUAAUCAUUGAUUUUCAGUGAUGCACUGCUGUUUCUGACAUCUGCAGUUUUUGAAAUGAACUGCUGAGAAUGUUGUCAUUAUGAUUAUCCAAAGUCACUAAAGGACUGCGUCUCUUGAUUGCAACAUUUAAGCAGAGUGUAACCUGAGCAAUUAUUCAGGGCGUAACACACUGCCAUGUUGGGUCAAAUGGUUUUUGAAAAUGAUUUGGGGUGGAAAUAAAACUGUUUUCUUUCGUGUCAAGUAGCAGUAGAGCUCAGUUUGUACAAGAGAAGGGCAUUUGAACCCGCCCCUCAGUAUUAACUUGGGGUUACAUCAAGUGCCAGAUACUACUAGCAGUCCACCAUGAUAGUGUUAGUCAACUAGAUACUAGACAAUAUGUGGAGGUGAUUUUCUAAAAAAAUAAAAAAACAUGAUUUAGUGAACUCACUUUUGGGUUCUGACAGUACCAGCUGAAGAGCAGAUGUUGAAAGCACAGGGAUGGCCAGAUAGAUAACUGACUGCACUGAUUGUUUUUUGUGAGUGUAUUAACUGUUUGUGAUGUGGCAUUUGUAUUUGUGUGAACCAAAAUAUACUACUGUAAAUAAGUGUAGACCAGUCAGCAAUUCUGGCCAAAACAUUUUUUUUCCAUCUUGGUUUUCUACUGAACAUCUGGUUGUGGAUUCACCCUCCUGAAUCCUCAUCAAAAGGACUUUUAUUGUGAAGAAUCUUGCUAAAUACAAAUGGCACGUUUUUACUGUUUCAGUAGCUGUGAAUCAUCAGUUUUCUAUUUUUGUAAUGGGCUUGAGCAAAACUACUGACUUUUUAAAAAUAACCAUUAUUUGUAACCGAUGCAACAUUGCAUUAGCUGUGUCUGCAGUGGCAUAGUUUAACGAGGUGGUUAAUUUUGAACUUGACCAUUGUCAUCUGAGGCUUUUGUUUCAUGUUUUUUUGUGUGUGUGCACAUGUACAUGUCUUGCCUAAUAAAAACUAAACAUUACUAGUCUUCCUUCA